AAUGGCCUGCAAGUUAACAAGCCUCACCUGAACGCAGUCCGACAGCGGAGCGAGUUCACAGUCAUGGCAAAACGCAUCGGUAAAGACCUGAGCAACACAUUCUCCAAGCUGGAAAAGCUAACGAUACUGGCCAAGAGGAAAUCGUUGUUUGACGACAAGGCGAUUGAAAUAGAAGAACUUACUUACAUCAUCAAGCAGGAUAUCAACAGUCUAAACAAGCAGAUCGCACAGCUGCAGGAGUUUGUGAGAGCCAAAGGUAGCCAGAAUGGCCGACACGUGCAGACACAUUCCAAUACCAUCGUGGUCUCACUCCAGAGACCAGCCUCUCGAAGGCACCCACCUGUCGGCUCUGCAUGGAUUUGCAGGCAGCAAAGAACUCUUGCGUGCGGUCUCGGCACGACAUGGUGUCGUCCGGGAUGGCGAGCGGCGCCGGCCUGGAGGAGACGGAGAUGGGAGGAAGGGAGCUGGCGGUGA